UUUCAAAAAUAUAUGCAUCAUAAUCGUAUGUUUUCAAAUAAAUCCAAAUAUUUAAGAAUUCUUUAAUUUAAAUUGUAGGAUGAUCAUCCAGAAAUUGCAGAGUCAGCAGUUGUAGGAUUUCCUCAUGAAAUAAAGGGCGAAGGAAUAUAUGCCUACGUAGUGUUAAUGGAAGACGGUAAACAUAAUGAAGAGGAACUUGAAGAAGAACUCAGGAAAAUGGUUAAAACAAAGAUUACCGGCUUUGCUCAACCAGAUAAAAUAUUGUUCUCACCUGGACUACCAAAGACCAGAUCAGGAAAGAUUAUGAGAAGAAUUUUACGCAAAAUUGCUGCCAACAAACCUAAUGAACAUGGUGAUGUUUCAACAUUAUUUGAUCCAUCAAUAGUAGAAGCAAUUGUCAAAAAACAUGGCGAAAAGUUCAUAGAAGCUGAAUAUGAACUGCCUUUCUAACAAGUUGAAGUAUUUUAUACAUGUUUUACAGUAUAUGUAAUUUUAAUUUGUACAGAUUUUUAUUUGGUAUUGAGGAAUUUAUUUUGAAGGUUUUGAAUUAUUGAUAUCUAUAAGAUAAGUUCUAAAAUCUAAAAUAUAUAUAUUAUAACUAUUAAUUAUCCCAGAGACUAGAAUGUUGUUGAAAUUUGAAAAAAAAAUGUCACAAAAACUUAAGUUUUGUUAAAAAAAUUCAAAAUUCAAAAACAUCACGGCAAAGAAAAUUGAUAUUUAGUUAUGAUAUGCAUUUCAGAUCUGAUUGCAGGUGUCAAACUUGCAGUUGAAUUAAGUUUAUUUUAAACAAUCAGAAAUUUUGUGAAAAGGUUUCUGUGCUCAAAUUUCAAUGAAUUUUUUUAUAGGCAAAUCCAUUGUCUCAUUUUCUAGAUCGAUGUUUAAAUAUAUACUAAACAAAUUAAAAGUGAUAAUAGAUAUAGGAAAGUGUGGUAUGAGUGCCAAUGAAACAACUCUCCAUCCAAAUAACAAUUGAUAAAAGUAAACCAUUAUAGGUCAAGGUACGGCCUUCAACACAGAGCCUAGGCUCACAAGAUUUCAAAAGUGAAUUAACUUUUACGUAGAACGUAACCUGAAUUGUUUUCAAAAUAUGAUUAAAAACUUAAUCUUAUAUACUAAUAUAUUGUUAAUGUGUUGUAAUCUGUAGUCAUCGCUAUUCGUAUAAAGUGUACAUAGUCUUUUAAAUUUGGUGCUUGAUGACUGGUGAUUUCAACCUUAAAUCUAGUUUAAUUCAUCAAAAGAAAUGUGUACACUUUUGAUAUAAGAGAAAUUAUUUAGCAUAUAAAUUAUUAUUGAUGAUCUUCAAAUUAAAUAAUUACUUGUAUUAAAAUGAAGCAUAAGGAUAUAAUUAUGCAGUUUA